GCAAGUUCUUCUCACCGCUCUCCUGCCUGGAAGUGCUGACAGAUCAAGGCAACAAAUUUCAAUUACAAUCCCUAAUUUGUGUCCACAGAGUGUUUUUUACCCAUGUUAGUCCUCUCUGGCGCAUCAGUUGAGGCAGACCUCGGAGCAGCAGGAGGAGGUGGAAGGGGUGGGAGCAAAGGAGUGCAUCAGUGAGAGCGCGCGAGAGAGACCCAGGGAAGCAGACUUGGCCGGCGCGUCGCCGGUUCCUCGGAUCCCAACACAAGCGAGAAAGCGGAAACGCCAAAUCUGUUUUUUGCCCGCGGUGGGGAAGGGGGCAGAUCUCGGGAGGCCCCGAGAGCCUUUUAGAUUUUGGUGGGGGAAGAGCGAGAGCGCGCGUGUGCCCGCGUGAGUGUAUAUGAGAGAGGGGCGGGCGGGCGCGGGGCGGGGGGGAUGGCCGAGAAGCGAAGGGGCUCGCCGUGCAGCAUGCUAAGCCUCAAGGCGCACGCUUUCUCGGUGGAGGCGCUGAUCGGCGCCGAGAAGCAGCAACAGCUUCAGAAGAAGCGGCGAAAACUGGGCGCCGAAGAAGCGGCGGGGGCCGUGGACGACGGAGGCUGCAGCCGCGGCGGCGGCGCGGGCGAAAAGGGUUCUUCUGAAGGAGACGAAAGCGCUGCGCUCCCGCCGCCGGCUGGGGAGGUGUCUGGGCCGGCUCGGAGUGGCGCAGACCUGGAGCGCGGAGUCGCGGGCGGCUGUGAGGACGGCUUCCAGCAGGGAGCUUCCCCUCUGGCGUCACCGGGAGGCUCCCCGAAGGGGUCCCCUGCGCCCUCCCUGGCCCGGCCCGGGACCCCUCUGCCCUCGCCGCAGGCCCCGCGGGUGGAUCUGCAGGGAGCCGAGCUCUGGAAGCGCUUUCAUGAGAUAGGCACUGAGAUGAUCAUCACCAAGGCCGGCAGGCGCAUGUUUCCAGCAAUGAGAGUGAAGAUCUCUGGAUUAGAUCCUCACCAGCAAUAUUACAUUGCCAUGGAUAUUGUACCAGUGGACAACAAAAGAUACAGGUAUGUUUACCACAGCUCAAAAUGGAUGGUGGCAGGUAAUGCUGACUCGCCUGUGCCACCCCGUGUGUACAUUCAUCCAGACUCGCCUGCCUCCGGGGAGACUUGGAUGAGACAAGUGAUCAGCUUCGACAAGCUGAAGCUCACCAACAAUGAACUGGAUGACCAAGGCCAUAUUAUUCUUCAUUCUAUGCACAAAUACCAACCGCGAGUGCACGUCAUCCGUAAAGACUGUGGAGACGAUCUUUCUCCCAUCAAGCCUGUUCCAUCUGGAGAGGGAGUAAAGGCAUUCUCCUUUCCAGAAACUGUUUUCACAACCGUCACUGCCUAUCAGAAUCAGCAGAUUACUCGCCUGAAGAUAGAUAGGAAUCCAUUUGCUAAAGGCUUCCGAGACUCUGGGCGCAACAGAAUGGGUUUGGAAGCCUUGGUGGAAUCAUAUGCAUUCUGGCGACCAUCACUACGGACUCUGACCUUUGAAGAUAUCCCUGGAAUUCCCAAGCAAGGCAAUGCAAGUUCCUCCACCUUGCUCCAAGGUACUGGGAAUGGCGUUCCUGCCACUCACCCUCACCUUUUGUCUGGCUCCUCUUGCUCCUCUCCUGCCUUCCAUCUGGGGCCCAACACCAGCCAGCUGUGUAGUCUGGCCCCUGCUGACUAUUCUGCCUGUGCCCGCUCAGGCCUCACCCUCAACCGAUACAGCACGUCUUUGGCAGAGACCUACAACAGGCUCACCAACCAGGCUGGUGAGACCUUCGCCCCGCCCAGGACUCCCUCCUAUGUGGGCGUGAGCAGCAGCACCUCCGUGAACAUGUCCAUGGGUGGCACUGACGGGGACACCUUCAGUUGCCCACAGACCAGCUUAUCCAUGCAGAUUUCGGGAAUGUCCCCCCAGCUCCAGUAUAUCAUGCCAUCACCCUCCAGCAACGCCUUUGCCACUAACCAGACCCAUCAGGGUUCCUAUAAUACUUUUAGAUUACACAGCCCCUGUGCACUAUAUGGAUAUAACUUCUCCACAUCCCCCAAACUGGCUGCCAGUCCUGAGAAAAUUGUUUCUUCCCAAGGAAGUUUCUUGGGGUCCUCACCGAGUGGGACCAUGACGGAUCGGCAGAUGUUGCCCCCUGUGGAAGGAGUGCACCUGCUUAGCAGUGGGGGUCAGCAGAGUUUCUUUGACUCUAGGACCCUAGGAAGCUUAACUCUGUCAUCAUCUCAAGUAUCUGCACAUAUGGUCUGAUGAAGCCUUUAAGUUAAAUGACAUUUGGAUCUGUCUAACGUAUUUUCUUUUUCUUUUUUAAAAGCUAUGUGGAAAAAAACUCUCUGUGGUUUAUAAAAUGUACAUAUAAUAGAAAAAGAAAGCUCACUGGGUUUUUUGACUUUAUCAUGGUGAGAGUGUAAUUAUCUAUGGUAUAUAUGUAUGCUGUAUAUACAUAGCACAUGGAGUAUCACAGCCCCUAUUGUUCCCCUGCUUCAUCCAGUUGCACAGAGUAUUGGCAUGCGUGUAGUAUGUUUAAGCAAAGUUCUCAGACUCUUUUAAAAACAAGGUGGUAAACUUAAAACUUGGCAAUGAUACUAUCCAGAUGAACACUUAUAACUUAAUUUAUCAGAAAAAUGCUCUAAACGGUUUCAUACUUGAUGUGUUGAUAACCAGCAGUAACCAGCAUGUAGAGUCUUGUGAUUUCUGUUAUUCUUGGGCACGGUGUAAGAAUUUAAAUACAAAAGCAAGUUGAAGUCUUAGUGUUAGUUCUGAGGUAUUUAAUCAUGAAGGAUCAGCUUUUUCAUUCCUGCUUAUUAUUUACCACAGAUACCAUAUGACCUUUGGUCUAUAAAAAAAUCAUAACCCAUAAUAAUUGUUAUUUUCUUAAGGAAGGUAAAGGAGAGGCUUGUGAUUUUUUUUUACACUUUCCAUUGGGCACAUAAGAGGUUCUUAUUCAUCUGUAGAGAACAAAUUUCCAGUAUUUUCGAUUUCUUGCUUAUUUUAGUUAUCAAAUAGACCGUUAAAGAAUGUUCUAUAAACAUUUUUAAAUUCCAAUUUUCACCAGGGGAGGAAUAUGUGAUAUGAGUGGAAUGGCAAAAGGAAAAUAAAUCCACCUCAGAUUCAUUGGUUCCAAUGAGAAAUGUCUGUCUUUUAAAUCAAGAGUAAUACUAUUGUUAACUAUACCUUAUGUUUUUGUAUCGUUUGUUUUUAAAUUUAGAAUAUUUUUUCCAUCUUGCUCUAAGCUUCCUGACCCAUAGUAUAUAAGUAAAAAAAUGCAUUUAUGCUACUUAUUUAUAUCUUGUAAUUCCUACACAUUGAACCCUUUUCCCCUUUAUGUCUGCCUGAGUCUUUCCCAAAACAGAUAGUUCCUAGGCCUGUCUGGUGUUAAAUAACGCGGUGAGGAAUUUCAGUGGGUUAUCUCCAGCAAUCUGUCUUUUGGGAGCUAUAGUGCAAAGGCCAAAGCCCAUUACUAUAAAGACCCUCUUGGAGGACUAAGAAGGAAGAUACUAAUUAUGAUAAAGGAACUAUAAAACUUUUAACCUCAACAGAAUUUGUAACGUCAGAACUGGAGAAAUUAAAAUCAGUAUUAAAUUUUUUAAUUCCUAAAAUAAUAUAUGCAUGAUUGAAGAGUUAAAAACAAGUAACUUUGAGAGCACAGUGUGAGAUAAAUAAAAAAGGCUAAGAAUACAUGAUGAGGCACAUUCCCCUUCUGAGGAGAAAGUAAAAUAACAUGUCUGUGCAUUGACCCAUUCAUUACAUUUCAUGUAUCUUAAGCAAAAGAGCAUGAUUUCCUCUCACUGCUAAAAAGAGUUGCUUUAACUCAUUCCUGGAUUUGGUGGGGAAAGGGUACAACUCCUGAUUUGCUGUUUCACUUUGAAACAACACAAUUUGUUAGAUACUUAGGGAGAUAUACUGUUGAAUUUGCACAGGAUGUGACUCUGUUUAUACAUAUUAACAAAUUUCCUUUUGGAUUCCUUAACAGUUCAUCAAAUUAGUAUUAAAUUUUUUAAUUUAAAACUAGCAUAAAGGGACAUGAAAUAUUUGUAGUAGGUGGAUCUAUGUAAGAUGUUUGGGUAUGGCAUUAAUAGCUUGACAAAGAUCUGGGGAAAGGGGUUAAGAAUGAGUCCAUCUCAGCCAUAGUGCUUGGUGUAUAAUUCAAGAACAGAGAGUUUUCCAUCUUGAAAAAACAUGGAAAGUAAUGCUCUAUACCCUUAUGUAUUAACAAGAGCAUUUUCCUUCUUGCUGAUGAUAAUUUCAGAUGAUACCACAAUAUGAGUAUAAUUUUUUAUUAAUCUUUUUUCUGGUAAAAUUUUAGCAAUAUUGUACAAAUGCUUUUUUUAGGUUUUACUGUAAAUAUUAAUCACCAUGUCACUUCAGAGACUAGCCUUUUAUUGCUGAAUUAAAUGAUAUGCAUACAUUGAUAAUUAUAUAUCUGUAUUUUAUUAAAAAGUACUUAAAAUUAUAUUAAAGUGUGUUAUUAAAACCUUU